AUAACAAUCUUGGCUAAUGCUUGAUAAUCUUGAAGGAAUUAUGUUCUAUUUCAAAUCGCAUUGGUUUCAGUAGAAAUAUUUAUAAUUUUUUUCCAUUUAAUAAUAGAAUAGAAAUUUUAUAGAAAGGUAGAGGUCAAAAAGAGAGGAAGAAAAUUGUGACAGUGUUCCGUCAAUCUAUUAAUGUAAACCCCUUUGCGUUCAAUGGCGUUUGUCUUUCAGUAUGGCCGAUACGUGAGGAUUGUAUAAAUCCUAAGUGAUUAAUCGAUAAAGUGUCGUUCGUUUAUGAUGCUUUUAAUUUGUCAAUAAUAACGCAUUAGUCCUGUUGUACCAUUGUAAUAUUUUGAUAAAUUUUUAAUAUAUUAUCGGAACAUGUCUAGAAUAUUCGUUAAUUCCAUAAUACUCGGUCUGCUUAGCCUAUCUGGAAGACCUUCGUAAGACAAACAAAAGUAUACACAAGUGUAGAAUUGUGUUGAUAUUGCUGUUAUUUCAUGUUUUACCUGACGACAGUUAUGAAUUUUGAAGCAGUGUAAUCUUUUAAACAAUUUAAACACAACAUUAAGUGAAAAACCUUUUUAUUCAUCGUCAUUGAAUGAUUCGUUUGAGUGACACACAGAUGUGAAGUUUUGAAAGCAAAAAAUAGAAAUUUGUAGAUAUGACUGAUACACGUAGAAGGGUAAAAGUGUAUGCUUUAAACAUUGAACGGCAGUGGGAUGAUCGAGGUACCGGUCAUGUUUCAUCAAGUUAUAUCGAUCGCCAUAAAGGAUUUUCGCUCUUGGUUAGAGCUGAAUCUGACGGAUCCCUAUUAUUGGAAUCAAAAAUUCAACCUGACACAGCCUAUCAGAAGCAGCAGGACACACUCAUCGUUUGGUCAGAAGGAGACAACUUUGAUUUGGCUUUGAGUUUCCAGGAAAAAGCUGGCUGUGAUGAGAUAUGGAGCAAGAUUUGUGAGGUUCAAGGCAAGGACCCCUCUGUUGAAAUUACGCAAGAUAUCGUUGAAGAAUCCGAAGAUGAGAGAUUCGAUGAGAUGGCUGACGCUGAUCCUCCAGUGGAGUUGCCUCCCUGCGAGAUCAGUAGACUGGAAGAGAUCAGUGAUAUUGUCGGUGGUUAUUUGGGAACACCGUUGAGGAAAAAGAGGUUGGCCACAGCAAUAGACGCUGAAGGCUAUAUAAGAAAGUUAUUGAACCUAUUUCAUAUGUGUGAGGACUUGGAGAAUAUGGAAGGUCUUCAUUGUCUCUACGAAAUCUUCAAAAACAUUUUUUUAUUGAACAUGAACUCUAUAUUCGAAGUUAUGUUUUCAGAUGACUUAAUUUUCGAUGUGGUUGGGUGUUUGGAGUACGACCCUAGCUCACCAACACCAAAGAGACAUCGACACUACCUCAAAACUACAGCAAAAUUCAAAGAAGUGAUUCCUAUCGCGAAUCCAGAACUUGUUGCAAAAAUACAUCAAACGUACCGGGUCCAAUACAUCCAGGAUGUUGUCUUGCCGACUCCGUCAGUCUUCGAAGAUAACAUGCUGCCAACUCUUUCCAGUUUUAUAUUUUUCAAUAAAGUUGAAAUUGUCACAUUGAUCCAAGAAGACGAAAAAUUUCUGAAUGAUCUCUUUUCCCAGUUGACCAGUGAAAGUACGCCGGAACUGAAGCGGCGUGAUUUGAUUUUAUUUUUGAAAGAGUUUUGUAAUUUCUCGCAAAACUUACAGGCUCAAGGGAAAGAGUCAUUUUUCAAGACUGUGUCUACACUUGGUAUUCUAAAUGCCCUUGAAAUAAGUUUAUCUUCAGAUGACGUCCAAACAAAGACUGCUUCCAUAGACAUUUUAACUUCACUUGUUGAGUUUUCCCCUUCCAUUGUCAGAGAACAUACAUUACAACAAUCAUCUACACUAGAUGAGGAACUGAUCCUGCUGAAUGUUAUUAUUGAGCAAAUGAUCUACGAUACUGAUCCAGAGUUGGGAAGAGCUGUCCAGCUGAUGGGUGUUUUGAGAAUACUCAUCGAUCCCGAAAACAUGUUAGCUUCAACCAAUAAGACAGAAAAAACCGACUUUCUUAACUAUUUCUAUAAGCAUAGCAUACACGUCCUUAUAGCUCCCCUUCUAGCCAAUACAGUUGACAACCAUCCAGCUAAAGAUGAUUAUCAAACAGUCCAGUUACUAGGUUUAAUAUUGGAGCUGCUAUCGUUCUGUGUGGAACACCAUACCUAUCACAUCAAGAACUGCAUUCUUAAUAAGGAUCUUUUGAGACGAGUAUUAGUUCUAAUGAAGUCGAAUCACACGUUUCUGGUUCUUUGUGCUUUGAGGUUUAUGAGAAAAAUUAUUGCUUUGAAAGACGAAUUUUACAACCGAUACAUAAUGAAAGGAAAUCUCUUCUCGCCUGUAAUUGACGCUUUCAUCAGGAACAAUGGCCGAUAUAAUCUGCUUGAUUCUGCAAUCAUAGAAAUGUUUGAAUUCAUCAAGCUGGAGGACGUGAAAACAUUAUGUGCUCACAUAAUUGAAGGCUAUGGCAAAGUUUUAGAUGAAGUCGAUUAUGUUCAAACAUUCAAAGCAUUGAAGGUGAGGUACAACCAUCAAGAAAAGCUCAAGGAGAGGGAGAAAGCUUCUCUGGAUGGUGUUCCUUCAAUAUUAAGAACGAACCGGUACAGACGCGACCACCGUCAGAUGGAUGACGAGGAGGAGAUGUGGUUCAACGAGGAGGAUGACUUCGAUGAUGGGGAGGCCAUCGUUGCUGCUGGCGAGAAGCUCACCUCUGAACUCGAAUCUCUCGGCAAAGCUCUAGAGAAGAAGAGCGAAGGGUGUAGUGGGAAGCUGUUGGCUGGAGCCAAUGCGAAAUCACCAAUCAUCAACAACAACUCGGGCAUAACGGGCGCCUCGCAGUUGAGUCCCGCGCAGGGCGACAUCAAGUGUGCUGCUCUUUUCAAAAAGGCGUUGGUCGAUUAUGACGGUGAUUCGGAUGAGGAGGAGGAAGAGGAGGGUUCAGAGCUGUUGUCUCCCACCAAGCGCGCGCGAUUCUCUUAGGAGAAGGCCCCUGGAGACAAGGACGUGUCACUCACUCCGCUAGAAGGUGAUACAUCUUGUGACACUCAUUUCCACACUCUUCUCGACAAAUAGUUGAAACAUUUACAUGUGAAUGUGAACUGGUUGAAUGGUGGCAUGCCACCGCCACUGUUGUCUACUUGAAUGCGUCACAACAUUAAGGCUAUUGAAGCUGUCGAUAAGUUGUAGAACAUCCUGAGUGUAACCGUCUCUUGUCUCUAGACAGGGUGUUGUUCCGCAUAAAAUGUGCGUGCUCCGUGUGUGUUAUAUUACUGUAACAACUCGCAAUUAUUAUAAUUAUUUUGACCUUGAUACUUAUUGAACAACAACUAUUUAGGGGAAAGUGUAUUGUAAAUAGUUAUUUAAGUUGUACGUUUUGGUAUUUCUGUAUUGAAAACUAGUAGAUAUGGAAUUUAUAAUAUGAUAGACGUUUGUAUGUACUACUAGCCAGUGCGUGUGUGUGUGUGCUAGUGCGAGAAUAUUUGUUUAUGUCCGUGAGUUGGGGUUGAAUGUGUGAGUGAGUGCGUGUGAGUGCAUACAAAUAAUGUAAUAAUAAUUGAAGGUAAUCGUCUUGUAUGAAGGAAUAUUAGAAAAAAUUGUUUAGGUAAUAAAUCAAGGUACUAAUAAUUAGGCUUCUGGCAUCUUAUCAUUAUCGAUUCAAAUUGUAAAUUCAUUAUUACAUUUGAUUAAUAUGUAUCGGUGUGGUGUACAAACAGGUAGUCGGUGUCUUGAUAGUGAGACUUGGAAUGUGUCAAAAAUCGAUAGUUUUCAUUUGAAUGGGUCAAACACAAAAUUCACAUGUUUUUAAGAAAUGAUCAACCAAAAACUUGGAAAAUACUAAUCGUAAUUUGAAAGUGGAAUUAUUCGUUUUAAAAGUAGAUUCAAAAUUAGCUGAAGAAUGUUUUGAUUUUUAUAUUGACAUUUUUUUAAAUAAAAAGCAAGGUUAGCAUCUUUGUUGGAGCCUGCCAGACUACAUGCAGAAAUAAUAAAUACAGUAUAGUAUUAGAAUGACUUUGGUAUGAUAACUUUUAUUUCUAUAUUAUUUUUCUUGUACAUUCAUGUAGACCUAUAGAAUUCGAUAAGUGUAAAAAUGUGUAUUUAGAAGUAACAAUUUUCCUUUUCAUUUAUUAACAUACUGAGAUUUAAUAAAAGUCUUGUUUUCUUUCAGGUCCAAUUAAAAAUGAUUCAAUAUUUUGUAUAAUUUUUCAAUGAUAUUUGAAUAUAGCAAUUCAAAAUUUAAAGCGGUCUGCUGGAUAUUAUUUUCAAAGUAUUAAAAAUUAAGGUCGUAUUUGGAUUAUUUUUUUAACUCCCAUAAAUAAUUAACAUAAUGAAACCAACGACAAAAGUGUUUGUCAGUACCGGUAGGCCUACUACUAAAUUCUUACUGAAGUUCAGUCUUGCCUCCUCAACCACUUGCAUUCAACCUUGCAUUGAACCUUGAAGAGAGUAUGGCUCUUAUAUAUUACCUAAAUUACCCUACACUUUUUCAUAAACUAGUCAUUGUAGCUUGCAUUUAUUACGAUUCAACAAAGCUGCAUUGAUACAUUGGUAAUAAUCACAUUUAAUUAAUUCCUCAUGAGGACAUGGAAUUAUUAGAAAACUGUAUUUAUUUUAUUCUGUACAAAACAUAUUUACUCUUAUUUCACUAGACAUUUCAUCUGUUGAAGAUUUGAAGCACUUAAUCGAUACUUCUCAAGUCAAAAUUGAAGAAAAAAUCGAUGCAAUUGUUUAAAAAAAUAGGACAUGCUUUUUUGUUAAGGAUCUCCUGAUUUUCUUGCAAUAUUUGUUAGUAUAUUUUCUCAUUUCUACUAAAAAAAAACUGGGAAUAAAUUUCAAAUGAACUGAUAAUAAUAUUAUUAUCAAGAGUCGAAGGUCUUACAGAAGUUUUUAAACAACGAAAAGUUAGAAUUAUUAAUUUUUGCAAUACUCUACGUACGAUCUUCCAUUAAAUUGAAGUUAUUGAUUAAAAUUUUUAAGGGCUUAGCAAACAGUAAUUUAUGCUUAUGUAAUCACCAAGAAUCGGGUUUUAAGUUAGUGCAAAUAAAUUGCUGUAACUGAAAAAGCUUUAUUUUGAACUGUUAAAAAUUCUCCAAUGCAAUAAAUUAAAAGCCUUGGAUUUUAAAGUUGAAAUUAUCAGAAGUCACUAAUAUCAAUGGUGCCGCUCAAGAUUUUCAAAGACCAGUCUUCUGUUAUUGAAAGUAUUCAAAACAUUCUUGUAUUAAUGUACUCGUUAGUAAUUUGAUAGGAAUACUUAUCGUUAUUGUAAAAUGUUUUUAAUCGUUGAAAAGAGUGAUAUUUAAGUGGGCAUAGUCUGUGGAAUUACUGUAUUUAUAAAUUUAUACAUUUAUAACUCAAUGAAUGUAUAUGAACUUACUAUAUUCAAAAUAUACUGUGAACAGGACUAGAAGUGUGUUCUAAGGUUCCGGCUCACAAACGAACACAAUUACAACGUUGAGCUUCGGCAAUGUACUAUUAUCAUAGCUAGAUUAUGAUUGCAGCCGGCACUAGAUGGAAUCCAUGUGUUAUAUUCCAACUAGAAACAUGAAUUUAUUAGAAUUUUCUCAAACUAAAAGAAAGUAUUAAUACCUAUCGUGGAACGCUUGCUAUCAGAUUUUCCAAUUUUCUUGGAAGGAGUAUGGUAAGGAGAGAUUUUUAGAUGAAAUUAUACAUAAUAAUACUGAUGGACAGUCUUGAAGAAAUUGAUAAUGCUGAUUUUUUGCUCUUAGUAAAGAACGCUAUGUAAAUUCUUCAAUAAGUUGAAUGUUAUGAUUGAAUCACAGUAGGUUUGCUUGAAAACGUGUGUUCAAUGAAUAACAAUUUAUCGAAAUUUAAUUGUAUAUUCAUCUAUGUAGUUAUAUCCGCCAUAUUUAAACAACCUUUAAAAGAGGUGAAUUUGAUUUUAUUUCAAGUUUUUCAUUUGAAAUUAAUUGAACAGAAAUGAACGAAUCUCUUGAAAUGGAAUGUAUUUUUAGUAUCUUUGAUAAAA